AUGGGCCGUCACGCCAAUGCAGAGAAAUCUUUACAGGAUCAAAGGAACAUUUUACCAAUUGGUCAACUGCUGGUUGUUUUCAGUGGGCUCGCGGUCUCCCUAUUGAUUUGCUUCAUUGACCAAAACGGCCUGAGUGUCGCUCUUCCAACUAUCAGCAAAGAAUUGAAUGCACAAGAUACGAUUUCGUGGGCCGGAACGUCAUCACUCAUCGCUAAUGCCGUCUGCACCGUCCUCUACGGUCGAUUGUCCGACAUCUUCGGCCGCAAAAGUGUUUAUAUCAGCGUCCUAAUCCUUCUUAGUAUCGCUGAUUUGCUUUGCGGUCUGGCUCAGAACCCACCCAUGCUUUAUGUCUUUCGUGCGUUGGCUGGUAUCGCUACCGGUGGUAUCACCAACAUGACCAUGAUUAUUGUUAGCGAUGUCGUGACGCUCGAGGAUCGAGGCAAGUAUCAAGGUAUUCUGGGUUCGUGCGUUGGUAUUGGAAAUGUGAUCGGACCAUUCAUCGCAGCAGCCUUCGUGCAAAAUGCCUCGUGGAGAGACAUCUUUUACCUCCUCACACCGCUAGCGGCAGUUAGUGCUGUUGUAGCAUGGUUCCUAUUGCCAAGUAAGAUGAGACCGGAAUCGAUGAAGAGUCAAGUCAAAAAAAUUGACUUUGCGGGCGUUCUUACUUCAACGAUUGCCAUCGUUUUCAUUUUGAUUCCCAUCUCUGGUGGUGGUCUGUAUUUUCAAUGGGAUUCUGCGGUGGUAAUAAGCUUGUUGACGAUUGGAGGCUGCUCAGUUGUGGCCUUCUUGUUCACUCAAUGGAAGAUUGCAUUCCUUCCAAUGAUGCCUCUUUCCCUGUUCAAGAGUUCCGUUAUCACAACCCUAUUCUUGCAGAGUUUUCUUCUUGGUGCCGCAUAUCAAUCCUUGCUGUAUUAUCUGCCAUUGUACAUCCAAAACGGCCGUGGCUGGUCGCCAAUACAAUCUGCCAUAUGUUCGUUGCCCAUGGUCUGUUUCCAGUCAACCGCCUCUAUCAUGUCAGGACUGUACAUGUCACGAUUCAAUCGCUAUCUUGAAGUUAUCUUCUUUGGUUUCUCUUUGUGGUGCCUUGGAAUUGGCUUGACACUACUAUGGGACGGAAACACCUCCAAGGGUGAAAUAUAUGGUAUUCUUGUCCUCGUUGGUACUGGAAUUGGCUGUACCUUCCAGCCAACUCUAGUCGCUCUUCAAGCACACAGCCCUGUGGCAAAGCGAGCUGUUGUGAUUUCCAUCCGUAACUUUUUCCGCUGCACUGGUGGUGCAGUUGGUCUCGCAAUAUCGGCUGCAAUCCUGCAGGCUGUUCUAAAGAAAAAUCUGCCAAGUGAAUAUCAAUACCUCACCCAUUCCUCAUAUGCACUUCCCGAUAAAAGCAGUAUCCCAGCGGCAGAUUGGGAGUCUAUUGUGAACGCAUACGUCAAGGCAUCCCAUUCGGUCUUUGUCUUCCAAGUACCCUUGGUGGGUAUUUGUGUCCUGGCGUGUGUCUUUAUCCGAGACAAGGGAUUGCGCAAACCAGAAGACAUCAAAAAGGAUGAUGCGAAGGAAAAAGAUAUAUCAGCGUCUCAGGCCACGACACAGGUCGAUCUCGAGGCAACAGAGCAUGAGGACGACAACCAACAUGACCUUGAAAACCAGCUAGAGAGAGUAGAGAAGGAGGAGCAGAAGAACGAUAAAACUGAACAAGCGUCGACCGCUUGA